AUGCUUAUUUCCAUUGCCAAGCACACCGAAAGCUAUUCAGAUCUUCUCGAUGAGGGCCUAUUGUCGCUGAUGCAAUGUCCUCCUCUACCGUCCUUUGAAAUGACAGCCUCGGCUUUUUCCUACAUUUCCUCCUCCACGCCAGCAAUGUGCUUUGAGGAUCCCUUUGAUGACCCACGCAUGGAGCCUUUGCCUCUUCUCCCCUGCACUUCAAGUGACAAGCAAAUGCUGUCUUCUCAAUCGGUACCCAAUGCCUUACCUUUGUUCGCGGCAAAUGAUGCGAGUGGUCUUGAAUCUCCUUUCGUCCAACUGAACAAGUCAUCUGCGGCCACACUUCGACAAGACCUGAUCGACAUCAUGGACCCCAUCAUCAAUGCCGGUGGACCCAAACGAAGUUGCGAAGCCGUCUUCUUCGACAACGACCAGGGCCCGCUCAACGCCAAGCGACAACGGACGAGCCACCUCUUACAAGUCUCCGAGGAAGAAAGCACAGCUCGCUUUCGUCCAUAUCAAGAGACGCAGUGGCAAGAUCAGUUCCAAAAGCUCGUCCAGUACAAGCUAAAGCAUGGACACUGCUCUGUGCCUCACUCUUGCAAAGAAGACCCCAUCCUCGCCCGAUGGGUCAAGAGGCAAAGGUAUCAAUAUAAGAAGUUCAACGAUAACAACCCUACCUCUACGAUGACCACUCGUCGUAUUCAAGUAUUGGAAUCCCUCGGCUUUGUCUGGAAAUCGCACGCCUCCGCAUGGGAAGACAAGCUGAACGAGCUAAAGGCCUUCAAGCAACAGCGAGGCCACUGCAACGUUCCGGCUCACUAUCCAGAGAAUGCUGCACUGUCCACUUGGGUAAAGUCUCAGCGUCGGCAGUAUAAGCUUUAUAUGUCUGGGUCAUCUGCGUCGACUAUGACGAUCGAUCGGCUCCUACAGCUGCAAUCAGUAGAUUUCGUUUUCGACGCCUCAAAGAAGCCAUCCGCACCUUGUCAAGCAAGCUGGCCACUGCUGUAA